GAGAGUGCCAGCAGUUAGCUGUUAGCAGGAGGUUUUGUUGCCCUUAAAUUAUUAAAAAAACUUGUUUGAAGUUUUGGGUUUUUUGUUGUUUAGUUGCAGUUUUAAAGCCACUUCAUUAGAGCAUCCAUCUAAGUUCGUCCUGCUGUCUUGUUACGCAUAUCAUUUAGAGCGGCUAUGUUUGGAAACAGCGAAGUGUUCCAGCAAGCCGUGCAUCGUUUGUACGGAGGCUGGACAGCACUGCGUUUGGCAGUAGAGCACUACGAAGGCCGCGGGAACGCCGAAGAAAAGGCGAACUGGCUGGAAAACGACACCGUGGCGUUUUUCGCCUCGGCCCGAACUGAUGUCGGCGUGGAUGAUGUGGAGGGUUGUCUGGAGAACUUCUUCAACGAUGAAUUCAACACGCUGGUGGAGGACGGGAGCAUUGAGGAGAUCGCGCGUAAAUUACUCAUGUUCUAUCAUCUCGUACGCAACGGCGACGAGACUGCCUUCCGUAAUGAACUGAACCGGUUGCCCGCCGUCGCACAAGUGAACGGCAGUGUGGGAGCUCCGCCGGUGGAGGAUGACGGAAUGGAGUCGGACGGUGAUGACGAGAUGUUGGAAGAUAAAAUGGGCGAGCUGAGCAUUGGCGCGUCAGCAGAAUCUGCGGCAGCACAUUCCUCUGCAUCUGCUCCUGGAAAUCAAGCGUCGCAUGAUUCUCAUUCUCCCACAAGCAGACAUGUGAGGAACGAACCGGAUGAAGAUGGUUUUAUUACUGUGACAAAUACGAGAAAUCGAACAAAAAAGUCGGGAGGAUAGCGAUAAUCGCGUCCAUUGUUGAUAUUAUUAGACUUCUGAUAUUGUUGAUAAAUUUCUGUCGAAGAGCUCUAUUGAAACCGUAGAAAAAGUGGAGUCUGUUUUCCAUCGUAUUGCGAUUUUUGUUGUUCAGUGAAUUUCGAGUUAUUGCGUUGGGGAGUUAUAAUUAAUUAGUAAAAUUUUAUUAAAUAG